UCAUCAGCUGAUUUUCACUGUUCCUCCAGCCUCCGUCCUCGAAGGAAGUUCUCGCCGUUCGUUUCUAUUUGUGCAGAAAAAGAAAAUGUUUCGAGAGGUCGAUCUUCGCAGCGACACUGUUACCAAGCCCACGCCGGAAAUGCGACGGGCGAUGGCCGAAGCUGUCGUGGGAGAUGAUGUCUAUGGCGAAGAUCCCACCAUCAAUGAACUUCAACGGCGUGUCGCAGAGCUUCUGGGCAAAGAACAGGCUCUCUUCGUAGCGUCUGGAACUAUGGGAAAUCUUGCAGCUAUAAUGGCACAUUGUUGGACAAGAGGGCAAGAAAUUCUAGUAGGAGAUGAGUCCCAUAUUUUUCUGUAUGAGCAGGGAGGAGUUUCUCAGCUUGGAAAUGUCCACGUCAGCGCUCUUCCUACUCAUGAAGACGGAACGUUCGAUUUGGAUGUCGUUCGAAGAAAAAUUCGACCUCAUGAUCCUUCGAUGCACGAACCCCACACUGGACUGAUCUGUAUCGAGAACACCCACAACAGAUGCGGAGGCCGGGUUCUUUCGCUUGAUUACAUUAAAAAGAUCUGCCACCUGGCUCACAGUCACGAUAUUCCUGUGCAUUUAGAUGGUGCACGGAUCAUCAAUGCUUCUGUUUCCCUGGGAGUUCCCCCAAACGAGAUCGCUCGUGAGUGCGAUUCAGUCUCCAUGUGCUUCUCAAAGGGCAUAGGAGCACCAGUAGGAUCUAUAGUGGCAGGCACCAAGGAAUUCAUUACCAAAGUGCAUCGGUGUCGAAAAGUCCUUGGGGGAGCUUUGAGACAGGCUGGAGUGCUCGCUGCAGCUGCGCUUGUGGGCCUGGAUUCCGCACCAGAUAGAAUGAAAAUCGAUCAUGAAAGAGCUCUCAAGCUUGCAAAGGCAAUUUUCGACCUUAAAAGUCCUUUGGUGACAGUGGAUCCUUCAGUAGUGCAAUCAAAUAUGCUUAUCCUCAACUUCCCGUCUCCGAAUUUCACCUCUCAACACUUUGUGGAAAGAAUGGGCAUGGUCUCAGAUGCAGAUGAAGAAAAAGUUAUUGUCAGAGCUUGUGCUUGGUCUAGAAACAGAGUGCGUCUUGUUCUGCACUCCGACUUAUCACAAGAGGACUUACAUUGUGCUUAUCGAAAGAUUCGAAGCUUAUCUGCAUAAAAAAAAUCCUCUUAAAUAAAAUCGUGAUUUAUA